AUGUCGCAGUUAAAGAAUGAGUAUCCGCUCACCUAUGUCCGACUGGACGACCCGCCUGUGACACAGGCAGGCAAGACACGACCGUUGUCCACGGCAGAGCAACAGGCAGUUAUUCAGUCGCAGCCGUUUUUCUGGGGCUCUAGCUGGACCCUGGAAAUCCUGAGUUGUCUCACCUCGGUCGUGUUUCUCAUUGCGAUUAUUGUGGUGUUGUACGAGUUCGAUGGAAAGCUCAUGCCUGAUUGGCCGUAUGGCAUCACGCUUAACGCGCUGGUAUCGGUUUUGUCUACGGUGAUGAAGGCUUGCAUGGUUUUUAUUGUUUGCGAGGGUCUGUCGCAGCUGAAGUGGUCGUGGUUUAGCAAUGGAAAUAAGCUCAGUGACUUGGCAUUGCUUGAUGCUGCUAGUCGCGGACCGGCGGGGGCCUUUGUUGCGCUUUUGCGAUUCGUUCCUCGCCAUUUGGUGACGUUCGGGUGUGUUAUUCUCGUGUUGGCAGCAGCCACCGAUCCUUUUGUUCAACAGGUUAUGGGCAUUCAGGAGCGGUCAGUUCAAGCUGCUGGAAAAUCGUCGAUUCAAGUCUGCAAUGCUAGUCUUUACACCGAUUAUGACGAGGGGUCUGGUCCAGGGAUGAACAAAGUCCCCCUCUCCACCAUGGGCGCCAUCUACUCCGGUCUUUUCCAGGAACAGAGCCCGAACAGUAAAAAUGUUAUGAUGGAGUGUGCAACUGGAAACUGCACAUUCUCACCAUAUCAGUCUCUGGGGUACUGCAGUCGCUGUUCCAACAUUACGGAGUCUCUCACCCUGAAGAAAGAAGCUCUUGGUUCCUUUUUCUCAUACAACUACAAACUACCAAAUGGUUUCUCAUUCAAUACCGCCAUCAACACAAACACCAUGAUUAACACCACUACCUACCAACCCCUUAUCAGCUUGAACACAACCGACCUCGCAUUGAUCCUUAAUUUCACGGCCAUCAGCGCAUCCGGCUACGGUACACCCCCAGAUGUCAGUGCAACCGAAUGUGCCCUCUACUACUGCGUCGAUACAUACGACGCAGCAGUAAACGGCGGAAUAUUCACAGAAACGGUAACCUCAAAUGACGGCACAUCAAACUCGACAACCGAUUACAGCGCCUUUGGAAAGAGCGUCGAAAUCACCCCAGACACCUGCUACGUGAAUGGAACACGACGCGAGAACAAAGACAGUCCAGAGUGUACUUAUGAAGUCAACUACUACAGCACACUUGCCAUGUCGAAUUCCCUUUCUCCACUUCUGAAGGGAAAAGGUUCUCGUCCCGUCAGCAAUCGACCCAGCUGGUCAUCCGAUACAAUUGAAGCUGUUUACGGCACGUACGGCAAUUAUAGUGAAAUAAACUCUGUCUUCGAGUCACUCGCCUCCUCGUUGACAGUACACGCUCGGUCCAAGGUCUGUAAUUCUAUCAAGAAUGGGACUGCGUGGAAGACUGAAUCGUAUGUUCGUGUGCGCUGGCCCUGGAUGACUCUUCCGAUCAUCCUGGUGGUUUUCAGUUUCGUGUUCUUGGUCAUUACUGUCUUCCACACGAGAAGACAGUAUAUUUGGAAAUCUUCCCCCUUGGCAUUGCUCUUCUCUGACUUGAAGAUUGAUGGGAGUGCCCCGGUGAAGCCGGAUUCUACGCUCAAGGGGAUGGAGAUCACUUCAAGGAGCAUGGAUGUUUAUUUGGAGAGUUCAGCUGAGGGGCCUAGGCUUAAGGCUGUUCGUACUUCGUGA